GGGUGGAACAGCUUUGUCCUUUCCCUUACGACCUUGUCCAACAAGAGGUUAAACGAUAUCCAAAUGCAGAGGUUGUUUGGUGUCAAGAAGAACCAAUGAACAUGGGUGGAUACACUUACAUCUUACCGCGACUUGUCUCUUCCAUGAAAGCUGUAGGUAGAGGUGGUUUUGACGACGUCAAAUAUGUCGGUCGUGCUCCAUCUGCAGCCACAGCCACUGGUUUCCUCAAGGUUCACCAGAAGGAGCAAGCCGAGAUUGCCGAGAAUGCCCUUCAAUGCGAACCAGUCAACUUCCCAUUAUGAAAGGGGCUAGGCUGGGAGGUAUGUAUUGUGACCAAUUGAUGGGUUCUGGUGGACACAAAAUAAGUUCAAGGCAGCGUUGGACACCGACACCUUUGCAACUUCAAAUUCUAGAGCGAAUAUUUGAAGCUGGAACAGGAACUCCAAGCAAGGAAAAGAUAAAGGAGAUAACUGCGGAUUUAAGCAAGCACGGGCAGAUUUCAGAGACCAAUGUAUAUAAUUGGUUUCAGAAUAGGCGUGCUAGGUCAAAGAGAAAGCAGCAGAAUGCAGCGCCUAGUAGCGUUAAUGCUGAAUCAGAAGUGGAGAAUGAGGUUGAUUCUAAUAAUAACAAGAUUAUACUGGAUGAGUUUGUUGUGCCUCAGCCUGCUGAAAAUUUAAGCUUCCAAAACCCUCAAGUGUGCUCUGAUUUGCAGUACUUCAAUCCUGAAUCGGAUGACAGUUUGCGACUGGCUAGAAACUUUGAUCAUGAGCCUGUUUUUGAUGGGAUGCUAUCAAACUCAAGGAGCAGCGACUAUCUUACUGGAAAAAUAGAAACAUCUGAGAGCUUCAACUUAUACCAGUCUGCAGGCGACUACGGCAUGGAAGGUUGACACUCGGUGUUACUUCUGGCGAAUGUGAUUAGCUGUAAAGAACUGGUAGUGUGGUUUUGAGCUGGUUUUGAUUAGAAAAACAAAAUGAACCAUCUGAAAUUGGAAACUUACAAGUUAUAUAUAAAUAGUUAUAUAGUUUUUUAUAUAUAUAGUCAUGUCUUUUGAUGGUACUUGGCACAUUUUACUUCAGAGUGGAAUAUAGUUGUGAAUUGUGACUUCAUUA